AGGAUUUGGUCUGUGGGCCCCCAAUUUUGCCGAGUUUGAUUCCUUGGGAGUUACAACACUUUAGAACAGGCAUGUUGGGCGCUAUAAAAGUUCUCAUUGAUAGUCCGCCUUCUGUACUGAAUCUGGUCUCUACAAUAAUUGACCGAAAUGCUGAAGCACAUGAUCACGCAUCCAUGAAGGAACCAAGCGUUGACUCACAAGGUGGAGAUGAUGUGGACAUCCGGCAUGAAGCCAUAAACAAAGAUAAUGGGAGGUUCAAUGUUGUGGACAAAAAUGAAGGUCUUCUUGCAGAAGAUGUUGCUAAUCUCGACAAGCCAUAUCCUACUUUUCAGGAAUUUUCUACCUCAACUGGUGUGGUCAUUGCAGAAUAUGAAAUUCCAAAAAGUGUUGACAAGGUUACAUAUGCAGAUGGUAAACAAGCACACUCACCUAUGUUGAUUGACAUCAUCAAGUUGUUUAAGCUUGUCGAUGUGGUCAAGACGGAGCACCUGGUUUCAUCGAGAGCAACUACAUAUGUUCUGCACCCCGUCUCAUCUUUCCAUCACUUUGCUCCAAGAUCAAAGAUGGUUGAAGAUUCAAAGAAUGGAUUGCUCCUUUGGUUCAACAUUCUUUCUUCGGUCCUAAAGCAUGAGUGGGAGCCUCCACCUUGAGGACAAG